AUGCACGGGAGGUGCGGGAGGAGAAGGGAAGCCGCCGCCAAGAAGGCGGAGGCCGACAAGGCGGCGCAAGCGGACGCGGACGCUGCGGCCAAGGCCCAAGCCGAUGCCGCGGCGAAGAUGCAGGCCGAGGACGCAGCGCGCCGCGGAACCCCGCUGCUCGUCACCCCCCUGCGCUCUGCGCCACCAGCGCCAGAGUUCUCGGCGCCGAAUGGGGGAGCCGGCGACGAGCAGCCGAUCAAGGAGAGGGAGGGCAGCGACGCCGUCCUGCCGGAGAUGGAGGAUUACCACAACAUCCGCGCGGCUUCCUUCAAUGCCAACAUCCGGGAGCUGGACCGAAGGACUGCUGACUUGACGGAAAGCCGGAAGACCAACGCCGUCUUGCAGCAGCAACUGGGCGAAGCCAACACUGCACUGUGUGCCAAGGAGGAUGAGUGCAACAAGGCGGCCCAAGAGCGCGACCGCCUAGCCAAGGAACUGAAGGACCAGGCAGAGCUUCACAAGGCGGCCCUGAAGCAGGAGGCAGACAACGAAACCAAGCUGCUAGCUGGGUUUGACACCGAGCGCUCGGGCUGGGCCGAGACGAGGGCGGCGCUGACUUUCGGCUAUGCCGAGAUUGAAGACAUAGUCGAUGACUUCUUUCCUGGCAACUCCGUCGCCGCCAAUCAGGCUAUUGAGGCUCGUCGCGAGGAACAAAGGGCGGAAGGCGCGGAGAUUGCUACCGAUGCCCCUCGGUCCCUUAGCGAGCAGCUCCUUAGCAUUCAAGCUCGCCUCCAGCCAGCCAGCCGGAUGCUCCGCCGGCUACAGCGUGCCGGGGCUCAAGCGAUCUCCGCCCUCUGGCCGGACAUGCAAGCCCCGCUCACCCCCAGUCGGACUGCCGACUGGUUGGAAGUGGCCGCCGGCCGUCUUGAGCUGACCACGUUCCGGCAAGAAGCCAGCGCCGAGUUGGUGGCGGUGGAGCGUGACCUCCAAAUUCGCGCGUCGGUGAUUGCCGAGUAUACCAACACCGGUAUCUUCGUCCCUGAGCUGAACGAAAACGGCGUCGAGGCGCCGCCUGAGUGGUUCGGGCUGAACCCGGAUGAUGGUGAAGAUUCAACAGAAGUCAUCGACUCCAGUGACGAAGGGGAAGGCGAGGAAGACGAGGAUGAUGAAGACGGCGCGCGGGAGGUCGGAGCGGACGGCCAGCCUCAGCACGACCGCGCCUCCAGCAACAAGCCGCGUGCAAGCACGCCGACUAUCGCUGAGAACCGCCAGGCCAAGACUCGCCAGCCGACCACUCCACCAGCCGGCGCCCCCGACUCCACCAACCUGCCGGACUCGCCCGCUGCUCCCUUGGUCUAG